ACAGCACACACACACACACACACACACACACGGGACGGGGGCGCGCACGUGCGCGCGCAGGAGGAGGAGAGCACUCCGGUGCUGAAGUCCCACGCACAGCACUGAGCUCGCUGCGUCUUCCACACGGGACUCACUAUGAGCUGCUCACGCCUCGGUGACCGUUAGCUGCUGCGCAAUCAGAGAGGAUCGAGGCAGGAAAAGCCUUUCAGUCAUGGACACUCUAACCUGGAUGGUGCUUUGCUUGGCGGUGGCAGUAGUGUGUGGUUCUACAGUAGAAUUGCCCGAAGAGGUGUGUAAGUCUGGGCAGUACACUAGCGGUGGGGAGUGCUGCAUAGAGUGCCCACCAGGGGAGGGGGUAAUCAUCCCGUGUGGAGAUACUCAAACUGAGUGUGGCCACUGCCUUGACAGUGAGACAUACUCGGACGAAUACAGUCACAAAGACACGUGUCAUCCCUGUACGGAGUGCACUGGGCUCUUGCGCAUGGAAACGCCAUGCACCGACUCAAACGAUGCGGUGUGCGUGUGUGAUUAUGGCUACUACAUGAGCGAUGUGACGGGCGGCUGUGAGCCGUGCACAGUGUGUCCACGUGGUCAUGGGGUCUACAUUCGCUGCGAGCCUGAGCACGACACGUUAUGUGAACUGUGUGAGGAUGAAACCUACUCAGACCAGGAGAGCUCGCUGGAUCCCUGCAUGCCCUGCACCGUCUGCGACGAUGGCUCAGACGAAUUAGAAACACUGAGGGAGUGCUCACCCAUAGCCGACGCCGUGUGUUAUGAUCCGCUGGCUCCCACCGUGACAUCUCCCAGCGCUUCUCCUGAUUUCCUGUGGAACAGUCUGAGAAGCCCUGGCCCGGAUGAGGAGAGCACCACAGCCAAGCCGACCUCACCUCGCUUCAUCGGCAGUGGUCUCAAUGAGAACCUCAUCCCCAUCUACUGCUCCACCCUGGCAGCUGUGCUCAUCGGCCUGCUCGCGUACAUUGUCUUCAAGAGAUGGAACAGCUGCAAGCAGAACAAACAGGCAGCCAACAACCGAGCAGCCACGGCCAAUCAGACAUCUCCGUCUCCGGAAGGAGAGAAGCUCCACAGCGACAGUGGCAUCUCUGUGGACAGCCAGAGCCUUCAGGAGCAGCAGCAGCUGCAGACACAAGCUGAGGCUCACACACAGACCCAAACUCAGCUCCACGUGCCUGAACAAAUCGUGGUGAGGGUGGAUGGAGGGGCUCAGUCGGAUUCUCCGCCAUCACAGGCAUGAAGGGACCAGCUGAAGGAGGUGACACCAUCAAGCAAAUGAAGGAGAAGAAGUACCAGUGAGAGAAAAGGGGUGGGAAGAGCGUGGAGAAAAGUGGCAUAUUGUUCUGGUGGUCAUUAGCUAACAGUGACCAUCAGCUCCUAUUAAACCCAGUAUGGACAUUUCCCUGAUGCACUGGGUUAUGUGGGCUUGGAGAACUUCAGCAAUCAGAUGUUUGGGGCCACAAAUCUUCACUUCUACAAACAUGGCAUCAUAUUAUCCACAUGCUCCAACGUCAAAACCUUACAGACUGAAACCCAGUUCAGAUCAUACCAGCAGUUGUCAUCUGUAAUGACACUUUGAUCUAAAUUGGGCUUCAUAUAUAGCACUGACAUCUAACAAAACAGCUCAUUUAACACCACCAAUCAAAUCUAAAUGGCCUUAUCACAUUCCUCAAUGUAUUAUAAAUGAUGUAUAUUCCAAAAUAUAUGUAUGUAAACCAUGCAUUUGUUUUCCUAACAAACUAAUCCAUAACAUAAUCAACUCAAACCAACUGAAGAUCACCAACCCAAGCAAAGCCACUUCAUGUUUUAAAGACACUCUUAGAGCUAAGAAAGCAGGCCUGUUUUUUUUUCUUUUCUUUUCAGACUGGCUCCAGCCAUUGCCUCCUGCUCCUGAUGAGCUGAUCCCACCAACCUCUCAGAUGAAUAAAAGAUCUAGAUCGGGACCUAUAACACACAUAGGCCAUAUAUGGACUUCACAAGAAUGCCUCAAUCGCACUAAUCUCCUUUGCUUGGUUUUUGAGUCUUUGUUCUUAAUAUUCUUUAUUCUUACCCCGCCUAGAAAAUAGGAUUAAACGCAUGUCUUUGAGGUGUUGGUUAGAUUCCUUCCUUCAAAGUAGUGUACAGAGAUUUGAAAGGGUGCCCUUUAAGUCUAGGCCUGUUAGUGGUGCUGUUUUCACCCCUAAUGGUGGUUUGUGAAGUGAAGCUAAUUCUGUACCAGUGUGUGUAGGCGACAUCUUGAAAAGGUGACAUUUACUGACCUUUAUGUUUGUAAUGACUCACAUCUAUACUUAGCAAGUCCUCUCUCUCUCUCGCUCUCUCUCUCUAAGCAGGUUUCUUUUUCUGAUAUACCCACAUACAGUACAAUCUCCAUUUCCUGCACACAUACAUACUGUAAGUGCAUUGUAUUCCCUCCGCUAUUACCUCACUUCCACCCAGGUUUAUGUUGCAGUGCCGAGUUAUAUGGGUCUUGUUUCACUGAGAGCAAACUAUAGCAGGUCAGCUGGAUGCAAUUCUGUACAGCAGAGGGAGUCAGCUUAAUACGUUACUCUUUCCUUUCAUACACAUCACGUGUAAUUCCCAGACUCAAUAUUCAGUGAUUCAUCUUCAGACUUCUGUCCACCAUUUAUCUCUCUCAGUUCCACCCCAAGGCUGACUAACCCAGCUUUCAGAACCAUGGGUAGAUAAUUCAUGCCGUGGUUGGUGAGUCAGCCACAUGUGGUAAACUGAGGUCCAUUAGAUGCUCUGAUGCGGUUGUGCUCCAUAGCCAGCUCAGCAUCUUUGGACUAUGAGUGGUUAUGACUGAGUGUAAGUGCUGUAUCACUGUGCUGCUGUUAGAAAAAUGGGUCUAACCAGCACCCUUAAACGUUCUUCAGUUUGUCCCUUUUGGGGCUCCCUAAAAUGUUCCAUGUAGAACCCUGCAACAGAAAGUUUCUCUGGAGAAGCCGUUAGGUUUUAUGUUGAACCCUGUCUAUGUAGUGUUUUCCUAUCAGACAAAUUCCAGUCAGACUAACUGUCUAAUUGGUGAACUGAUUACCGUAUGAGUAAAAACUACUAGCCAAUGACAGCAAAGAAAGUGAGAAAUAUUUUUUUAAAUAGUAACAUUGCAACAGAGUACCUUGCUUACUCUUCUUCUUCUUCAAGAGUAUUGAUAAAUUGCUGGUCCAUGUUUUAGAUGUAUAGUGUCACCUUGGGUGUGGAUGUUCCAAACAACUAUUUUAAUUUCAUGUGUAUUUCAAUAGUAGCUUAGCAGUCUGAGUGAAUGAGUGAGUGAGUGAGUGAGUGAGUGAGUGAGUGAGUGAGUGAGUGAGUGAAUAGAAUGUCUACACAUGCUAUCAAAUCACUUCAAGACUUCAAGGGGACCCGGGAGUUCAUCAAGAAGUUACAGGAAAGAAAUCGAGAACGAGCAGUGUGAAUGUGAGCAAACACUCACGUACCAUCCACACACCACAACAGAACGACCAAAACCGACCAAUUUCUUCAACCAAUUUCCUCAAGGAUUACUUCCUUCAUUAACCUAAUGAGCGGAAGCGGCAUAGAAAUGUAUUGAGUAACCACCACCACCCCAGCCCAACACACAUACACACACACCCACACACACACAUAUAUAGUUUUACUGUGUCUGAUGCAUGGCUUUAUAGUUUACUCCACAAUCCAGAAUGCGAGCUUGUAAUCUAGCACAUCACUCUCAGGUCACUGGGCACAAACUGAGGAAUGGCGGCGGGAUUCAAACUGCAAUAAAUAACCACUAUAGUAUUGAUCAAACUUUGUUUUAAACGAGCACAGUAUUGACACAUUUUCUAUUUUACUCAGGCUUAUCUAAUGUAAAUAGCUGACAUUAAAAGUACUGCAUACUGAAACGACUGUACUUUUACUUAUUUCUGUAGCAUUGGGCUUGGAGCAGCUGAAAGAUGCCCUCAUGGUCGGAUGUUAGUUUGACAGAACCUGGUGUGUACCAUUGCCUUAUUGCUUUGCUCCUUUGUUUCGCUUCACUUGGCUAAUACGAGUUUCAGCUUGGCAUGAUAAGCUGAAGUCGGUAUUCACCUCCUGUCUGGCAGAGCAAUAGAGAGUCUGUUCUUGUGCAUUAUAGUUCAGAGCCGUCCUCCUCACUCAGCUGGGUGCCUUCCAUUAAAUCAUUCUAUGGAGCGUAUCAUUGGCCUCUGCAGCUAGCCUCUGUGUUGGAGUUUAAUGCGUUUUAUGGCUCCAUUGCCUCACUCAUGCAGCUCUACACCACUGUAUUGCUGAAAGCACUUACAGGUGAAGACGAAAGACACGUUGCUUUAUUGUUGUUGUUUUAAUUAUCUUGAUUGCUUUCUCUGUGAACACAUAAGAUAACAGAGGACAACUGUGAUCUUUGCAUGAACAGAGAAAUGAAAGAGAAACUCUCAGUUUGCAGGACGUGCUGUUCCUUCAGUUUAGCCUCCAGAGUACUGAUAUUUUCAUACUUAUAAAAAGGAAUGCAAGUGGAUAAGAAAGUGUCCCUCGUAUCACAGUACAAGCGACAGAAGCUAACAUGGAUUUUCCUUUAUGAACUGCUCCAAUGGCACAAUGAAGCACUUCUAUAUUCAGCAUCGCAGUGUACAGUCUUCACUCAAUAACCAGCUUUUACUUCCAUUUAUCACCCAAGGAUGAGUAUAGAAUGUACACAAGCCUAGUGAUUAAUAUUCAUAUGCAAAAUGUGUUGCGCUAGCUAACUUUGUUCUAUCUUGUGUUCAGUUCUAUUUUUAUCCAGUCCUGUUCUUUUAUAGAAACCAUUAUUUUGUUUCUUGAUAGAAUUACCUUUUCAGAGCAGAAUUUUAUUUUAAAAAAAAAACAGUUUACUUUUGUAGCACUUAAACUGAUUGAAUUAGUACACUCAAAGAGUAUCCAGCACCACAAAGUGCCUGUAGACUACGUCAGGUGUCUUUGAGUUACAUUCAUAAAGUUCAAUUCUGCAUCGCUUUGCUCUGUUUUUUCCCUUUAUGUCUGACCUGAAUAAAAUAUAAGUUGUAUGUAUGCUUUGUACAUUUUACUGGGUCUUUAGUCAAGAGAAGAUGGUCAUGAAGGUUACAGGACAUUACAUCAUUAUCCAAAUAAACUACAUCCAGGGUAAAGUUGAAUAGAAGUGGGCUUGAACAUUCACAAGCUACACAUGCUAUAUAUUCUUAGUAUCAUGAAGUAAGAUGCAGAAAUUAUCAUCUACUGUCACUUUCCUGUUUUAUUAUUAUACCAUUCUAUGCAUUUACAGGAUAAUACAACAACGAUCGAACAAAGAAAUCUUGAUCAUGGGUAGUGCGUAUUAAAUCAGUGGCAAGUGACAAUACUUGAUACGAGUUUGCGUUUGGCAAGCCAAAACUAUGGACGUAUCCUUUAAAACCCUGCUUUAGAUGGAAACUGAGACACUCUUAAGAGGCCAUAUGCUUAGAUGAAGAUGUCAAGGGUGAUUCUCAAACGGGAAUUCAUUCUAUCAGUCCCUGCUCCCCUCAUGGGGCUGAAUGUUAAUUGUACUUAGCCCAUAUUCUCCAAUGCAUUGUGUAAAUGUGACAAAUUUCAUAUAGUUGGUAUGACAGUACACUUAUGUAAAUGACAAAUGAAACAAAUUACAUAUCUAAUAGAAUAAAACCAAAUAUGAUUGC